UUAAGGCAGUUUCCUGACACUGAGUCACAAAUCUAUUUUUAAACACGCACUCACUAAACUCACUUUUGUGUGACUAUAAGUCAUUCAAAACAACUUAAGAUGGGUUCUCUGUCUUCCCAGUAUUUCUCGCUCUUCGAAGACAAACUCCCCGGUAGGCCCGCACGGGGAGGUUGUGGUUCCCAGACGAUGCUGUCGCUGUUCGGAGGUCGGAGAGGGUCGAGAGGUCAACAGCCGGGUGGGAGUAUUGGGGGUCAGCCGGACAGGGAAGAAGACGGAUUUGUGCUUCUGGGAGAAACUGCUAUUGAGAGAACUACUGUGCAGUAUGGUCAGGAACAGCCAGGAGGCGCUGCUCCACCACCAGCAUAUCAUCAGGUAGCCACACCACAGCAUCUCCCCCCACCAGUGAACCACCCCCCUCCCACAGCCAACACCAACACUCCCGCCACGCUCCAGUGUGUCUUGUCUGACGUUCCCUUCACGUUCUCGCGCCAUCUCGCCCUCAUCUCGGGAUCGCAGUCGUCACGGUUACACGUCCCUCCCCUCAGGAAACUAGACUUGAGCCGGUACAAUUAUGACUUUCACGUGGAGCGGUCGGUACUGCGGGAGGCUGGGUUGUUGGAGGAGUGGGAACAGAGGAGGAACAGUGGAAAACAAGCCGCGCUAACUGAGUCCAUGGAAACUGAUACAAACAGAAAUGAUCAGACUGCAGACACUCAGGAUCUUAUGACUUUUGAGUAAUUGAUGACAUUAAUCAAAACAUCUUUGAAGAUGUGAAAUCUUCAUAUUUUCUACUUUUGUGGCAAAGUAUUUGUUUCACAAACCUGAAAAAGUGACAGAAGAUGCACUGAAUAUGUACAAAUGUAUGUAAUAGAUGUAUUUCUAUACAAACUCUUUGCACAAACUGUUUUUUGCCUUUGUUUAAGAUGUUAAUACAGUUUCAAAAGUUUUGAGAAUCAUGGUGUACAUUGAUAUUGUAUAAACAGGGAUCCAUCUCAACUGGAGCUUGACUGUGAUUGAAAAUGUAAUAUCUUCAAAUUUUAAUGAUUUUGAAUUUACAUGUAUAGAAAAAAAAUGUGUAUCAAUAUUGUACAUAUACUGUCUAUUU